GCAAGCGCAUGGGCGCGAAGAUCCCGAAGCAGUACCUCAAGCUGCUCGGUCUCGAGAUUGCUCUGCACGCCCUCGACGCCUUCCUGAACGCCGACGGCAUCGCCGAGAUUGUCAUCGUGGUCGCAGAGGAGUGGCGCUCAGUGUUCGAAGACCACAUUGCGGCGCGCGGGGGAGCGAAGCAAGUCAUCAAGUACACCGGCGGCGGCGCCGAGCGGCAAGACUCGGUGUGCAACGGCCUUGCUGAGCUCACCACCGAGUACGCCGCCGUGCACGACGCCGCCCGGCCGCUUGUCACCGCGGCCGAAAUCGAGAAGGUGAUCGCGGACGCCAAGCAGUACGGCGCGGCUCUGCUGGCGGUGCAGACGAAGGCAACCAUCAAGCAGGCGGUCGAGACCUCCGAAGAGGCGUUGGUGGCUGCGACUCCAAACCGCAAGCUCUUGUGGGAGGCCCACACGCCCCAGGUGAUCAAGGUGGAGAUGUUGCGGCGCGGCUUCGAGAACGCGGCCGAGAAGAAACUUGCGGUGACGGACGACGUGUCCCUCGUGGAAUUUCUCGGUGAGAAGGUGAAGUUGACUGAGGGCGAGUACACCAACAUCAAGGUGACGACGCCGGAGGACAUCGCCGUGGCGGAGACGAUACUGCGGAGCCGCGGCUUCACCAGCCCUGCGUCCGCGUGA